AUGUCUGGAAUUCUCAAUGAAGCCUUCACACCAUGCCCGUCGAGGUCGCGGUCCUCUGGAUUUAGUGAACACAGCGGUAGCGACACGUUCGACAGCUUGUUGGAUGGCGAAUCGGUCUUCGAACCGACGGGACAGAUUGAAUACACUACCGAAGUACGAGCACCGAUCCUGACCGGGGUUCGCCCUCGACGAGCCAAUCGAGCCGGAAAUACAUUCCAUGUCCACGAAGAUAUUGCCGAGAAGCCGGCUGGCCCAGCAGAGAAACGGAGGAGACCAAAUGCAGUGCCUCGAGGCCCUUCUGAUCGCAAGUCAUCCUUGCUUGCUCAACCCGCCCAGCGAUUCCGCCCAAAAGUCAACUUUGCCCCGAGUCCGCCAUCCCGACAUUUGAAACUGGAGUCUGAAACACUACAAAUACCGCAAACACUCCAACUGAAGACCAGUGACGGAUCCCUGUCUGUCGCACGACCUGCCCUCAAAGGAUUGAAUUGGGAGGAUCAGGGAAACGGCUUGAAAAAGAAUGUUCGGCGUAACACAGUCUAUAUCCCACCAGAUGAUACCACCGUGGCUAGCGUUUUCAUGGGACUUUUUAGUCCGCUCAAAAACCCUUGUGGAAAUGCCGUGCCUCCGGUAGCGGAAGAUACCCAAGUCAAUACCCUUGAAGCACAAAUUGCAAAACGACAAGCCAGGAAGUCCUUGGCAGUAUCUGCCCGCAGGGCUCCCCUCCAACCUAGUACGAAAAUCGCGCAGGAAGCUACGUUCAGGGUGGAUGUUGCGGGCAAAAAUGGCGGCAAGGAGAAUGUUCCUCCCGGAGCUGUCGUCAAAAUUGAAAAGAAAAGCACCACGGAAGCCAGUGUGCCAUCAAAGCCGAAAAGAAUCAGUACAGCCCCGGUAUCGAAACCUGCUCGCCGCACCACAACAACCCACCAGCUGAGAAAGUCAGAGUCUACGAGCUCUGUCGCCGGAGCAAAGAAGCAGUCAGCAAAGCGGGGUGUCUUAGGUGAAAAGCAGAAUAGUGUCCAACUCUUGCCACCUUCUCUUCAUCUUGGAAAAGGACUUCGCACUGAGUCAAAGGAUCGUCUGAAAAAUGCAUCCGCAUCGCUCAACGCCCGCGCAUCUGCAUUGUCAGAACGACGUGAUCAUCCGCAGACUGGGCGUGCUUCGAAGGUUGGAAAUGUUUUGAGAUUGAAGGAGUUGAACCACCAAUAUCCGAUGUUGACAGAGAACAUCUCGGAACCCUCUCUGUACGAAGACAACUGGCUCUCGCAUCAGGAAACUGUGAUCACUCAGUUGGUCAAUGCUUUGUUUGAGUGCACUAAUGGAGACCCAACUGCCAUUGAUCCACAUGCACUUCGCCUAGAAUUUCUUGAACUCUACCACACCGAAUACUUUACACAACUCUAUCAACGACUUCAGGCAUCCUUAUCAUGUGGAAUAUUGAGUAUCCCCAAAGAUGUCCUUGCCCGGGACAGUCGUCUCAAGCAAGAUGUGGGCUUACGGAGGAAGUAUCUUGACAUCUGGAUCCAGUCGUAUGACCUUCGCGCAUUGGUGCCAGCUUUGGAGACGGUCGUGGGUCGAAAGGUUUCCAGCGAUUCCAAUCUGUUUGAUCAUGCGAGCGAGCCCUUUGGGAACGAACUCAAAGCCAGAAACGCGAUUUCCCGAAAAAUCGAACGCUUUCUGGACGCAUUCUUGCUGCACAACGAUGAUAUCGAUCAUGUGAUUGAUGCCCACGCAGAAACGCACGCAAAGUCUUAUCGUCGGACGGUUCUUCGAAGCAUUGUGCUCGUUAUCCUUUUGGACCAAGCAAGACAAAAUCUGGGCACCGGUUUACCUCGUCGGCUGUUUGUAUCAUCAUCUCCUUACAAGUCUUCUGUUGAAGUCCUCCAUGCUCUAUCCCGUCUGUUAUUACCUUCUGCUGGCGACAUCACGAAGGCUCUGGGCCAUCUUGGCUGUUAUGUUUCUUACAAACAGCAUCAGCUGCAAGAAUAUGACUACCUAAUGGACAACAUCGCCGUGGACUUGAGAGAUGGCGUGCGCCUGACUAGGAUUGUUGAAGUUCUUUUUUAUACCUCAGAGCACCUGCAGACUGAGCUCGAAGACCUGACCGAAGUCACUCUGUCUUCGGGAGAGGCGCUUUCACUUCUUGGCGAUGAAAGGGAUUUGCCUCUCUCCAAACAUCUGAAGUACCCCUGCGUCAGCCGGGCAACGAAAAUUCACAAUGUUCAAAUCGCACUCUCCGCUUUGAAUCCCAUCAAGGGUUCCGGCGCAAUACUUCGUGAUGUACGCGCAGAAGAUAUUGUGGACGGUUAUCGUGAAAAGACCAUCGCGCUCCUCUGGGCUCUGGUCAGCAAAUGGGGCCUUUCUGGCCUUGUUGACUGGGAGGAUCUCAGUAAAGACAUUGCGAGGCUCCAGCGCAAGGCUUGUUCGCAACUUGGCUAUGACUGGGUCAAGGACGAACAAUGGUUUACACGGAAACCGUCUUCCAAUAAUGAUGAGCAUGCUGCAUCGCUCCAGCAGUGGGCUGCAAUCCUGGCAGCUCUUAAUGGCCUGACCAUCAGCAACAUGACAACCAGCUUUGCUGAUGGCAAAAUCUAUGGGAGCAUCAUCGAUGAGUAUGAGCCUUAUAUCACUGGCAGUGCCCAUCAAGACACCGAAUUGAUGAAUAGACAUUCAGUGUUGAUGUCUUUAGAGCCUCGCCUGCGAUUGUUGGGAUGUAGCUCUCAGUUUGCAUGCCUCGUCUCCCCAGGCAAAGCCUCAUCGCAUCUCCUUGACGGAGACUUCACACUUGCUGCCCUUGCAUUCCUCUGCUCUCGAUUGCUCUCAGCUUCGAAGCGCGCCCGCGCAGCCACAGUGCUGCAGCGCGCUUGGCGAGCUCACAUUUCAAAGCGGGAUGAGUUCCGUCGCAUGAUUGCACGCAAUCUUGCUGCGCACUGCGCGGCCGUCGUCCAAACAAGGAACGAAAUUAUCUGGGCGAAGGAGGUGAUCACUCGUUAUUGGAGGAAACACCAGGCCUGGAAAGGAAAAGCGAGCAACACACGAUAUCGGACUUUGCAAAAAGCUCAACGUCAGCAGCGAAAGACCGCUGGACGGCCGCUCUAG